CGUCAUCUGCAUGGUGAUAGGGCUCGAGGUUUUGGGUGACAACACAAACCGGCAGACCCAGCACGAUGAUUGAACACUUGCGUACACACACAAACACACACACACACACCAAUGCAAACACAGAACAGGACAUUUUAAAAGUAGAUUAUGUAUUUUUACUUGUACACACUACUGUACGUCAACACACUAGUUAAACACACACUCGCGCGCACACAGAUCAUUUCCUUGGACCAUAUACUACUCUCCUAAAAAAAAAAAAAAACAGUCAGAGCAGGUGGGUGGCGCCUUGGCUUCCCCUGCACUUUCCCUAGCCAAUCAGAAGCUUGCCUUCUCCAGCUGACCCCCCCCUCCCCGUUGGGGAUGUGUUCACUGCUGACUGAGCAGACAGAGUCUGAAACUACCAGCUGGGAGAAAAACGAAAUGCAGAGAAAGACCAGAGAGAAGGGGGGAGAGGAUAGGGGGUAAGAGAGAAGAAGGUUUAGAAUGGUGAGGAAGUAAAAGAGAGCAGAUGAGAGAGGAGGCCAGAGGAGAGAGAGAGAGAGAGAGGGAGAGGCGAAGGGGGUUUAGUAUAGAAAUGAAGCCAGUGUGAACUUCCUUCAUUGUUGUCAAGUUGUUUGGUACGACCAGAAAGAAAGCGAGAGAGAGAGCGAGAGAGCCAGUGGCGGUGAAGGGAAGGGGGGAAUGAGAAGAGAAUGGGUGAGGGAGAAAAGUGAGAUGAGGGUGAGUUGUUUAGUUUGUGCCAGAAGGAUUGAGAGAGGGAGGGAGGGAGAGAGAAAGAGGGAGGGAGAGAGUUAGUGCUGCUGGCCAUACCAGGACAUGGGAGUUGACAGGGAGGGGGAACAGAAUCAGCCCCUACAGAACAGCAGUGGAACAACCUAAUCAGCAGCUGCCUGGCCUUAGGAACAGCUUCCUCCUCGGUUCUGUUUCUCUCCCAACGCUCAAGUCAAGCCGACGAGGCCAGAUGAGCAAGACGAGGGCAGGGGACAGAGGCCUGCUACGCAGAACUCACAGCUGAUAGAGAGGAGUGGUCCGCGGAGGCGAGAAGGAAAAGUGCAAGAUAGAAAAAAAAAAACUGAGGAAAAGAAACAGGGAGAGAAGCCCUGUCUGGUUCUGAGAGGGGUUUCUCUGUGGAAUGCCCGUGGCAUGAUGCCGUCACUGAGUCUCACCCCACGCCCAGGUGACAAGGGAGGGCGUGUUGGGCUGUCAGCCAUUCACACCAGGCCCGUUAGGAGAGUCACUUCCGGUAUCUGUUCAUCCGUACUCCAUCUCAGAACCCUCUCGCCUCACUGACGUCCUGCCCCUUGUUCUUCCAUCACUUCCUCCUGAAGCCCCACCUCUUCCUGUGUGGCAUUGUGGGGAUGCUGGUGCCAGCUGGCGCUGGAAGUUACCAUGGUGACGGAUAGGUAACCUUUCUGAUGUUGUGCCAGAUGUGGAGAAGACAGGAGGGCUCCAUCAGACAUCGACGGGCACAUAGGUGCUGUGCAUCUUCGCUUCCCUGUUUACACUGUGUGAUGAUGACAUCACAAAAGGAAGCAUAAGGACCUCACUUCCUGUAGAAACGUCCGGUAAAAUCUCCUCCUCCUUGCACAUUCUACAACUUCCUGUUCCUGCUACCUGGCCACCUGCCUCUCAGACACUCGAAGGCUUUCACCUCUAACAACUGACUCCCAAGUAGACAUGAGGCACAUUCACGUAGAACUGACACGCGGCAUCAAGGAGGAGCUGGCUCCUGUGGAGCUCCCAGCACAUGUGGGGGAUCUGCCACCUCCCACAGCCCCCUCCCAGGGCCCCGACCCUGGGGUGAUGAGGCCAGGCAUGGGGGUCGGGGUUGGGGUUCCCCGGCCCUUCGGUCAGGAGGAGCUGCGUCUUCAGAAGGUCUACCAGCUUUCCAUCUUCUCCCACCUGGGGGGGUUUUCGGCUUCCGACUCCCCCAGGGCCAGCGAGGCCCAGCUGGGUCAGGCCCAGCGGGCCGCCAGGGCGAGGGUCAAGAGGGGCCUGGAGGAGCCCAAGCUCGGUCAUAAAAGGCCACACCUGGUCGGGGACCAGGACCAAGACGGCCUGGAUGGAGGCGUGCUGUGUGGGACAGGACCUGGGAUGGAAGUUGGGGUGGAGGUGGGACAGGGGUCGGCAUUCUCCGGCACCGUGGUGGAUAACAAGGACCAUGAGGGGGGGCUUUCACCCAGGUCACCCCCACCGGCCCCCCUCUCGCCUGGCCACACUCCUGCUCGACGCCCUGCCCAGCACAAUCACGACAGGCCCGUUCCAGACCCGUGGGCUCCGCUGUCGCCGAAAUCUCCACCAAUGGCUGAACCCCACUGCCCCCCUAGCUCCCACGGUCCCUUACCCAACACAGAGCCUCCUCCUGGGGGAGACGCUCCGGCUUACUCCCUGGGCGACGGAGGGUCCUGGGAGGUCGGCAGCGGUGGCUCCUCCUCAGGACAGCAUCAGCCUGCUUGUCGCACUGAUGGGGGAUCCUGUCGAGCGCCCAGCACCCCCGCAGAACCCGUUCUCGGAACUCCAGGGUCCCUCUCCCCCCACCCUACAGACCCCCAGGAGCAGGGGGAUGUCAGUGAGUGGGGGUCCCAGCUAGAGUCCCCACCUCCCCAUCCUAGUGCCACCACCUUCACCAAUGGCCUAGCCUCCCCGGAGAAGACCCCGAGCUCCAGUGGGCUCCGUGGGUCCUGCUCUGGCGUAAAGAAGAAGCUGCUGUCCUCCAGUGACACCGGGGAGUCUUGUUCGGAGGACGAGGGCCCCUCCACGUCCAAGAGGAGCCGCCUGGCACUGCUGGCCCCGGGGCUCGGGCUGGCCUCGUGCAGGGGCACCGAUGCCAAGGCUGCCCCCUUCUGGAACCAUCUCCUGCCUGGGGCGCGCCACCGCGACCUCCCCAAGAGUGCGUUGGAAUCCGCCAGAGCGAGCAGGAGGCUGAAGAGCGGGAUGCGACUGAAAAGUCGACAGCUGCGCAGUGGGAGGCGUACAGACAUCUCUGGUCGCUCUGUCCGGUCAGGCUGGCCCCCUUCUUCAAUCAGCCGGUCACUACUGGGGAACUUUGAGGAGUCGAUCCUGAAGGGUCGUUUCUCUCCGUCGGGUCGCAUCGAGGGCUUCACGGCGGAGAUUGGUGCCAGCGGCUCCUACUGCCCCCAACACGCCACCCUGCCUGUACACGUCACCUACUAUGACAUCUCUGAGCACAGCGCACCUUCACCUUUCCUGGGAGUGGUCUCCUUGGAGCCUCUUGGAAAGAAAGGAUACAAUGUACCCAAGACUGGGACCAUACAAGUGACCUUAUUUAAUCCCAAUAAAACUGUGGUGAAGAUGUUCCUGGUCACCUAUAACUUUGGGGACAUGCCCGUCAAUCACAUGACCUUCUUACGUCACCGCAUCUUCCUGGUUCCCGUUGAGGAAGUGGAACCAGGUGGGAAGGGGGAGGGGUCUCUGGAGCCCAGGGCCAAGCCCACAGAGAGGAGGAAGAUUCUCUGCUACUUGAUCCACCUCCGAUUCCAGAGCUCCAAAUCUGGGAAGAUCUACUUGCACAAUGAUAUCCGGCUGCUAUUCUCCCGAAAGUCUGUAGAAGUGGACACAGGGAUCCCUUAUGAGCUCAAGUCUUUCACCGAGGUGCCAAGAAACCCCAAAUACUCCCCCCGUGUGUGACACUGCGAUGAGCCCUGACCCCAUCGACAGCACAGCCCCUUCCUGGAACCACAGAUGAACAAUAAGACUGCCUCGCACGUGGACGAGAAAAGCUUGGAAAGACCCAGAAGCGAUACACGUUCUCCGCACAGACGACAAGCAUAUAUAUAUAUUUUGAACGAUUCAUGGUCCCGGGCUAAGCAAACUCGUAUCCGUACACAAUGGACAGGACAUAAAGAACACUUGUGGUGGUGAAACUCUUCUAUCUAGAGUUGAGUUGUUAACAUGCAUGCCUUGUGACUAACUUAAAACCAGUUGUUCUCCAGCGCUGUUCAUUUUUCAAACACACUGUCCUUCACUCUGCCUAACACCGCCUGCCCCGCAGUGGACCAAUGACAACCGAUCCCGCCCAACCAGCCAGCCAAUAGGAAGCCAGCAUGCCUCUUAUGGCGCACAUGUGGGGGGACUGUAAAGCAUUAAAGCGUUAAGCGAGUAAGUCCCAUUGAAGGGUGGAGGGGCAUAAAACAAAUUAUCAAACCCAAAAACAGAUAAGAGACAGAUCAACACUAGUGAAACACAAGGAUUGCAAUUAAUCCAUGGAAGAAUACAGAGCUCACAUGUUGGACUCACCCUGCAAUCGCAUGCAGAACCAUUUGGCUACACUCAGGACUUCACUGUACUGUAUUUUGACGGAAGCCUACAGAUGAACCCAUGAACCCUUCCCCCCCAUUUCAAGCAUUAUGGUACAGGACACAGGAUGGGAGUGUAAUGAGGAGCACACCAUGGUGGGGUUGGCAGGGGGUGGUUGUCCCCUUCUCAAUGUGGACAGACUGAGGGACACUGUUUUUUGGUUUUUCAGUUUUGUUUCUGUUCAAAUGUGUCCGAAAUGGGAGCAGAAGAAGAAAAAAAACCACAACAAACUGUAGUAUUUAAUUUAUGUUCGCAAAUGUCUUAAAAAGCAAUAUGCUGCACAGGUAGAGAGUGUUUAGCUGGACAUGUUUUGGCAGCGUCCAAAAUGACACCAUUAUACUCCCAGCGUAGUUCAGUACUUCAGACCACAACUCAAUGUUCCCCAGUAGAACCCAGUGCACUAGGUAGCUCAAUGGGCCCUGGUAGAACCCAGUGCACUAUGUAGCUCAGUGGGCCCUGGUAGAACGUAGUGCACUAUGUAGCUCAGUGGGCCCCAGUAGAACCCAGUGCACUAUGUAGCUCAGUGGGCCCCGGUAGAACCUAGUGCACUAUGUAGCUCAGUGGGCCCCGGUAGAACCUAGUGCACUAUGUAGCUCAGUGGGCCCUGGUAGAACCUAGUGCACUCAGUAGGUGAUUGGGUGCUACUUGGGAUGUGGCCUUUUCUGUGGAGGAGGUGUUGACAGCAGACAUGACAUGGAUGUGUGGAGAUGGGGGAGUGAGACAAGGGAGG